AUGCACCGCGAUCUUCGGGGCCCAGAGCUGGCCUCGCACCCAAAGCCAGGCAACCCCCAGGCCAGACCGACGCCCUCGCCCCUCCCACGCAGGGCCCGGCUCAGCCCGACCCCCGCCCACUCCAACACCCACUCGCUCCGUACGGCGGCUCAAACCCCGCCCCAGGCCUGGCGCCCCCGGGCUCUGCGCCCUAGCCUGGAGCAGCCCCUCCCCACCCAAGACCCCACCCAACCAGGCGGGAUCCUGACCCCUGAAAACCAACCUCGGACAGCCCCGUUGCCGCUCCUCACUCGCAAGCCGGCCUCCAUCUCCUGCACACCGGCCCAGGGGGCCCCCGGCCAGAGGAUCCGCGCCCCGCGCGCCCACCCAACCCACACACCUCCACCGGGCCCUGCCCCACGCCCGCCGGCUCCUGUCAGCCGGCGCCGGCACAUGCCGAGAGGACAGGUCCGCCCGCCCGGCUCGCUCCCGAGCGGCCCCGCCGGGCGCGCGCCGCUCACCAGGGCCGAGGUGCCUGAGGCGCCGCCGCCGCCUCCGAAGUCCCCGCUGCAAAGCCCGGCGAAGCCUCCAACCGCUGUCGCCUCCCGCCUGGCACUGAGCGCCGCGCGGGGGAGGGGCGCGGGCAGCCGCCACCGCCCCCGCCGCCGCACGCAGGCCCCGCCCCCGCGCCGCGCCGCGCCCAAUCAGGGCCGCCGGGCUGCAGCGCGCCACACCCACUUCCGGGAGGGGAAGCCCGCUUCUCACCCUACGUUCCACGCCUCCCUCUCCCUAGCGCCCCCUCUGGUCGCGCCGAGGGAUGCAGGCGGGCCGCGGAGGAAGGCGGUGCCCAAGUGCACGCACCGCCCAUUGAGUCAUCUGAGCGGCCGGCGGGCCACGCCCAUAGCGCCCCCCCGAGCCACGCCCACUGCUCCUCAGAACCUGGCGGGGCGUUCUCAGAGCUCCGCCCACUGA